UAUGGGACACUGCAUUUGAGUAAGAUUGCUGUUAUCUUAAAUACCAGUAUGGGUACAUUGUUAUAUCUACAAGGAGCAUCUUGAGUAACAGGUUGUCAUUACUAUGAAAUUAAUCUAUUCUGUGCCAUCUACUGAGAUUCUGACUGUGUUUGUGGUAACCCCACCAUGGAACUUCAAGCCUUCCUGUGACAUUUCCACCGAAACUUGAGAAAGAAACUUAACCUUUCUGGAAUUGUCAGCAGGAAUAUUAAAGAUCUUUGACAAAAUUGCUGGGUAAAGAUUGGUAAAGACAUCACAGCAUAAAGGUGGAACAAAAGGUUUGGAAUACGUGGGAAGUGGGAAUAGGUCAAUGAGUGCAGAAAAGAUGCCGUCAGUAGGGUUUAUACGAGUGAAGCUGCUACAGGUCGAGCGUGGCAGCUCAAUGGACAGCAAGUCGGAGGUGUUCGAUCCAUACAUCGCAAUAAACGUGAAGGAAGCAAUCAAUACUCCAGGUCGAGGCAUUCAGCUUGUGCAAAGAAAGAAGACCAUCUAUCCAGAAUGGAACACAUGCUUCGAUGCUCACUUAUACGACGGACGUGUGAUCCAGAUGAUUGCUAUGGAGCGACCCAAUCGUUUCCUAGCAGAGGCCACUGUUAGCGCCAAGGCUCUAGCUGAAAAAUGCUCAGAUUCCUCAAUUGUCACUGCUUGGCUGGAUUUGAAGCCCUCAGGUAGACUACAGUGCCAGAUUCGGUAUUUUACAGAAAAUGAAGCGGAAGAAGCAGACCAAUUUAAAGAUGAAGUUAUGAGAUCAAAGAAAGGGAGUAGAGAUAGAGAAGUGCAAAAACAAAUCAAUGAGGAAAACCUUGAAAGUGAAAAAGGUGGAGGCAUCACACGCAGACGUGGUGCAAUCAAGCAACAGAAGGUUCAUGAGGUCAAAGGUCACCAGUUCAUCGCAAAGUUCUUCCGGCAGCCAACAUUUUGCUCAUUUUGUAACGAUUUCUGUUGGGGUUUGAACAAGCAGGGAUAUCAAUGCAAAGUGUGCAACUGUGCAGUUCACAAGAAAUGUCAUUCCCAGAUCCUUGGACUGUGUCCUGGCAGUGCCAAAGACAGCAGGGAAACCAAGAUGCUGACAGAGAGAUUCAAGAUCGAUGUGCAGCACAGAUUUAAAAUGAACAACUACAUGUCCCCUACAUUCUGUGACCACUGUGGCACGUUGUUGUAUGGUCUCUUCAGACAAGGACUGAAAUGUCAAGUGUGUGGUGUGAACUGCCACAAGAAGUGUGAGAAGUUCAUGCCCAACCUGUGCGGUGUCAAUCAGAAGCUGUUUGCUGAAGUCCUAUCUCAGGUGAAGAAGACAGGGGACGAACGCAGGCCUUCCAUUUCACCUGAAAAAGGGAAGGGCAAUGAGAAUGGCCAGUCUGACGACGAGGGUUAUGAGCAGGUAUGGGAGAGGGAGAACCGAGACAAGCCUCCCCCACCCGCACCCAAGAAGAAGUACGCACCUGAACAGUUCAACAUGCUCAAAGUACUGGGCAAGGGCAGCUUUGGAAAGGUUUUACUUGCGGAGCUGAAGGGCACAAACACGUUCUAUGCAGUGAAAGUGCUGAAGAAAGACGUAGUGAUGGAAGAUGAUGACAUCGAGUGCACUAUGAUUGAAAAGCGUGUGCUGGCGCUAGGAGUGAAACAUCCUUACCUGACCCACCUCCACAGCACUUUUCAGACAGCGAGCCAUCUGUACUUUGUGAUGGAGUAUUUAAACGGUGGUGACCUGAUGUUUCAUAUUCAGCAGUCGGGCAAGUUUGAUAUGCCAAGAGCUCAUUAUUUUAUUUGAGUUCUUAGUGAAAUAAAUGGGGCGUUGUUUGAGUUUUGUCUAUGUGAAUGUAAAUCUAAAGUAGAUGAGGUUCCAUUUUGGAUUCUAUCAAAAGCAUUGGUAUCUAUUGUUGUAUCUAUCCAGAAAAGUGAUAAGGGUUUCAUUUGAGUUCUACCUAAGUUAAUGAAGCUUAAUUUAUUUCAGUUGUAUUUUAAGUGAAUGUGGAUUUAUUCUGAGUGAAUAUGAAUUCAUUCUGAUUGUUAGGGAAGUUUUUAAAAAAUGGUUCAGAAUUCCAUUGGAUGCUUUUUUGUUGCAGGUUAUUCAUCCUGUUUAAGAAUGUAAUUAAGAUUUUUUUAAUCAUGCAUUAAAUUGUAAUUAUAACAAAUUAAUUAAGGUUGUCAAAUAUUUUUGCAAUGCUCAUUUGAUAUCCUUUGAUACAAUCAUGUUUGGUAUACUAAAUUUGACUUGAAUUAAGUUAAAUGUAUAGUGUUUCAUUGGCAUUUGAUAUUGUGUUGUUAAAAUGUAUGACUUUUACAUUAAUAGUAGUUCACCAUGUAAUAGCUGUGUAAUUUUUUAUGAUGAAGUUUAUCACAACAUUAUAAGAAAUGAAUAUAAAUUCUCAUUAUAUUGUUUAAUAACAAUAACAACAAGAAGAAGAAUAUUAAUAAUAAUAAUAAUACUCCUUUUCUUAAAACUUACGUAAUAGUCUUCCUGUAAAUAUUAUAUUGUUAUAGUUUUUCCUGUGACUAUAAUAAUGUAAGCUAGCUUUUUUUAUAACAAAAUAGCUUUGGCUCUUACAUAUGAUUUUUCAUCUUAUGUUUUUGUCCCCUACCGGUGAAACCAGAUGUCUGUCACACUUUUCUGGAUCCUGCGAUAACUUUAAAAGUUCUUCAUAUUUUAUCAUGAAACUUGAAACAUGGAUAGAUGGCAAUAUGGAGAUUAUGCACGCCAUUUCAUUUUAUUCAUACAUCAAGAAUUCUCGUUGCUAUGGCAACAAAAAAGAUACUGACAAUGGUGGAGUCUCACCGGUAGGGAACUAUAUUACUUGGCAAUCUCUUGUUUCUAAAUUUUAAAAAAUCUGCUUUACAUUCACAGAUUUUAGUUAAGUUUUGUAAACUAAGUUUUGUAAACUAAGUUUUGUAAACUAAGUUUUGUAAAUAGAUGAGGUAUUUUCACAGGAGCUUAGACUUUCUACUGAUCUCUAGAAUGUCUCCCAAAAAAUGACCUCACUUCAGUUUUUGUAUUUAACGAAGCCUGAAUAAUCAGUCGAGAUGAAAUACUGAAAUAUGCUUGAAAAUCCACCAAAGAAAAAAUGAAUGUUGAUAAAUGUACAAUUUUGUAGCUCAUUUGUAAGCAAUAAUAUCAACCGGGUAGAUAAGAACCAUUCUUUAUAUUAGCGCAAUGUCAGGUAAUUCCGACAGUCAUCUAAUUUCGACACUUUUCACAAUAUUUAUCAGACUCGUCUUAAAUCAUCAUCAUCCUGUAUGAUUUCGUUGUAAAAUGAGACUUAGUUGGUGUUGUGACGUCACCAGAUAACAUCUCUCUAUCAAACGUCUCGCUGUUUGCAUGUAGAUGAGUCAUUUAAAAUACGUUCAUUGUAUUACCUAGCGAAUUUUUAUAGCGUUAUGAGCUUCGCUAAGGGAGGUUACAUAAUUGUCAAUUACGUCCCUUUAGGAUUUCGCUGUAUUUCUGGUAUUUGUACAAGUUCUAGUAUGAAAUUUGUUUCACUUGACAUUGUAUUUGUGUUUGAAUGGUGCCAAGCGUUUUUAGAACUAUGAUUUGUGGGGUGUCGAAAUUAUCCUCCGAUUUUAUACGAUGGGUAAUUCCGACACUCCAAAUGUUUUCAAGCAUUCCCAGUGCAUAAGGAAAGAUAGAUUCGUUAAAUAGAAUUACUCUUCAAAUGGUUGACGCAGCUUAUUGAGUACUAUAUUUAGCUCUCUCUAUAUUUGUCAAGCAGAUUAUAUAAAAUUAGAGCUAUUUAAAGAUUUUGAACGUUAUUGAUCAAUGAAAUUGUUGUUUUUUUUCUUAAUUAUAUCGUUAAUUGGAUCACCUGUGAUCACCGCUGAUGCUGCGCAACCACCGUAAACAUCUGUCUGCGAGGGUCAUUCACACGUUUUAAAUGUACAUGUACAAAAGAAAAUCACAUACUACAUGAAGAUAUUAUAUGUAUGUGCACAUGUAUGCGGACUUAAAUUUGUACAGUACAUAACGUCCGAAACGUAAAUAAAGCGUAUAGUGAUCAAUACUAUUAACUCUUAAUGGCAAUGCCAAAUAUUUCGCGAGAUAUUUCAACUUUAGUUGAAAUUCACAACGAAACUUUUAAUGGAAAUCAAUGAUCUCAAUGUUGUACCCGCUACGAAUUUUUUAUUUACAAAUAAAUACAGCCACGCCAAUGUUCGCGCGCUUUUUAUCAGGACAAAGAAAUUCAUUCAUUUCAUCUAGAAGUUGUAACCGAAAAAAACUGUACUCGGGCGUGCAAACCCUGUAAGGUGAUUUUAGCAUGUUCGAAUACAACUGUUUUGAUUGGGCGCUUAUUUCAUCAAAUCUUUAAAUAGAAUCAUAUGCCGAAAUUCAUUUGAUACUUUCUAAAAUUGCGACCGUUUAUGUUUAUGGCAUUCUUGAGCACUCUUAUUGUCUAUGUUACCCUCACAUAAUUUGCUUUAAAAACGGAAAUCGGGCGUAUAUGGGAUUAUCGAGUAAUGGAUAAAAAUGGGAGAAGUUGCAUGUAUGCGAUAGAUUCAGUUGAGACAUAUGUAUCGGGGGUGUUUUAUUGUCGCCAAUAUAUUUUAAAUACUUAUCACAUCCUUUCGAUCAGCAUGUAUAUAAAAAUAGACUUUAUUUAUUCAUUAUCACUUUUAGAUGAAAGGGUUCAAUUCAAUACGUUAUUUUUCAAAUAUUUUAUUUUUAGCGAACACGAUGAACACCGCGGUAGAUAUUAUGGGUCCGCGGUGAUUCGGGGUGUUUGUCUAUGGCAAACGGCCCCCGCGACAUUUGAUCUGAGCACCCAUCGCGGGGUUCAUAUUGGUAAGCUAACAGUGAGAUGAACACUGCGGCAAGUGGCGUUUGUUUAAGUACACGGUGUCUGUACUGUAUAUUGAGUCAAGUGGGAGCACAAUACGAACUCUAAAUGCAAAUUGUUUAUAAUUCUCUGAUUUGCAAUUAACAAUAGUAUAAUCCGAUUUAUUUAAGCUCCAUAGCAUGGAAAGCCUACGACUUAUUGAGACACUCUCUCCUUGUCGCUAGGCGGACACCACAUCCACUAAACCACCGCAACCUAAUUAACACUAGACAUUAAAGAGAUCGUGAAAUUCUAUUAAUUGAGAGAUGCAAUGUAAAUAACUGAUAAAAACAGUUGUGGAAAAUUAAUACAAAGACAAGUGUCGAAAUAAGCCGCUGUCGAAAUUAGCCGAUUACUGUCGAAAUUACACUCCACCGCAUUUAGUUAAAUCGCUUGAAGUUUUGAGUUAUGCCGGCAACGAUAAUAACGUUCGUUAGCAAAUAUCAACAAGCCAAAACGGUGUUUUUCAUUAAGUUUGGGCACUUGGUGGGUAAUUUCGACACAUCAGGACUAAAUCAAAUUUUACUCUUAAGGUGUCGAAAUUACCUGACUUUGCUCUACCUUUUAUCAAAUUUUAGCUUUUAUAAUAAAACAUUAAUCAUGUUUUGACAAUUCUGGAAAGUAAUCAUAGCACAAUAUUUGUCUGACAAUAAAAAGUAAAUAUUUGAAGUAUGAAAUCCGAUGAAAUAUUGACUGUAUGGAAUUUGUGAAAAUAUGGCAACUGGUACUUCUUUGCUCUCAAAAAAUGGUUGUGUGUAUGAAACACAUUUUGCCUUUGAUUUAAAAACUGCUCAACCGAUAAUGCUACAUAUUAUAUUUUAUUGACUACGUAUUCCACAUAGAAAGGGUACAAAGUUAACAACAUUAGUUUGUGUCUUCAAAUAAUAUAAAUGUUCUCUUAACAUGAAUUUAAUGUUGGAUUUAUUUUAGGCACUAAACUUUUUUUUAAAGCAAAUUGUGAGAGUCAUUCUUUCAAGUACUGGCAGUAUAUAGUGUAGAUAGAAUGGUUGAUACGUUAAUAUUAGCAAUAUGUAUUUACAAUGCGGCAACACUUACAUUGUAAUUAGUGACUUGUGGCUAUCAUUUUGAUGGGGGAACAACCCGAUAGCUUUCAUUUUGCAAGUAAUAGGCAUUCAGCCAUAGUGUUUGUAAAGAUUUUUCAAAAAUAUUAACAGAAACUUUAGUUGUACAGUUUAGAUUAACAUUCCUUUGUUGAACUUAUUUUUUAUUUUCAUAAAGAUGAGAUUAACAUAAAAAAUGUUGAAAUUGAACCUUAUAGACAAUCAUUUAUUCUUAUUAAAUAUGAUGAUUUCCUCAAUUUUAAGACCAGACCUUUUAAUUCAUGGUAAGUAAAACGUCUAAAGAAAAAAAGGAGUAAGAAUACUUUUUAUUAAACAGAAAAUAAUAUUAUUUACAUUUUAUUACUAUUGUUUAACUUGUGAUAUAUCAAAAGAAUGGAAAAAGUUGAAUAAUAAAUUGUGGCAUGAAAAGUCUGUAGGCAUUGUGUUAUGGGGGUAUGUUAAAGCAAACAUAAAGCAAUCAAGCAUUAACUCAUUUUGCAUAUGUCUGAAAACAUGAAGACUUACCCCCAACAUCCAUAAUAUAGUGGUAAAUGCAUUAAUUCUUUUUCAUAUAAUUGAAAAUAAUUGUCUAAUAUCAUUGU